AUGAGAGGUGAUAAGAAGGGUUUAUUUGGAAGCGGUGCUUGUUUCUCCUUGAGCCCAACGGCCCAAUUGACCGUUAGUGGGGGUCGUUGGUGUGUUAUCGCCCACUCUCGGGAUCAAACGAGAGAGAGAGAGAGAGAGAGCAUCUCUUUUCAUGUGUCGCGGAUUUCCCUGAACCGAAGCAUUCAGCAGGGUAUAAUUGGUGUCCUGAAAUAGAAAGUGGAAGAAAAUUUGUUCAAAAGCUGUACUUGAGUACUCCAAUACUGAUACCAACCUGAGAGAAUCAUUCAUGGUUCUCUUAGAUUUGCAGGACUUUAUUCUCCGUGCUCGAGUAUUAAAGCUCUACAGACAAGCUCUGAGGACUGCUCAAAGAGCGCCAGGUCACACUAGAGUUAAGAAAUGAUUGUAUAACCAAAGAUCAAAGGUUCCACUAUGAAGCAGAUGGGAGCAUAACUUCAUACUACAUAUCAACAGAUAGUACAAAAAGAACUUGUUCCCAGACCAACAAGGUCGAUUUUAUAUGAUUUUUACACUUUUUUUUUAUAAGGGUGCUUCUUACAGUAUACUCACGUAAAUUUGCAGCAAACAACAUUUGUGUUUUUGUACUUACAGUGAUAGACUGGUUAACAUUAUCUAACAUCCAG